GUCGUCUUCGUAACUGCACAUAUCAUCAUCGCUUCGGGGGUGCAAGAAACGCAGGAUUUCCUGUGCUAUUGCUGAAGUGGAUACAUCCUAGUUUUAGAUUCGAAGAAGUACCUUAGCCCAUUUUAAGCUCCAUCGAUUUAAUGUCUUAAUCAAAACCUUCUCAUCUGCACGUGCCUUAGACUACACUUUGACGUAGUUAGUCUGAAAGAAGUCUUCAAAGAUGUCCGAAGCCACGGUGGCCGACACUCGCCGGUUAAACUCUAAACCGCAGGACCUGACGGACGCUUACGGCCCUCCCAGCAACUUUCUGGAAAUCGACGUGUUCGACCCGCAGACUAUAGGAGUCGGCCGCAAUCGCUUCACCACUUACGAAGUCCGGAUGAAGACAAAUCUUCCCAUUUUUAAACUGAAGGAGUCGUGUGUUAGACGAAGAUACAGCGACUUCGAGUGGCUGAAGAAUGAGCUGGAAAGAGACAGCAAGAUUGUUGUGCCUCCAUUGCCUGGGAAGGCACUGAAGAGACAGCUUCCUUUCCGUGGAGAUGAGGGCAUUUUUGAGGAGUCCUUCAUUGAGGAGAGACGAGCUGGGCUUGAACAGUUCAUCAACAGAAUUGCAGGUCAUCCUUUGGCCCAGAACGAACGCUGUCUUCACAUGUUCCUCCAGGACGAAAGUAUUGACCGGAACUACAUUCCCGGAAAAGUGUGAAUAAAGUAAGUUUUGUUUUUUUUACUCUCAGUAUGUUGUAACCGAUGUGGGGAAACAAUGUCUGCAUGAAUGCUAAACAUUCAAAUCAAUUAUAUGGUGGGGGAAAUGCCGUCUCAUGGCUAUACUUACAAAACUCACUUCAAUGUCAUCUGACAUCCUGUUGCUUUGCUGAUUUUUAUUUUGCAUCUGCUUGUCAUGUCCUUUACAAUCAACAUGUACUUGUAAAACUUCUGCUGGCUGUAUGUCUUGAUUUGCAUGCUUUGUGUGUAUAUUAUUAUUUUUUAAAGGUAUAGUUCGCCCAAAAAUGAAAAUUUGCUGAAAAUGUAUCAUCCCUUCAGCCAUCCAAGAUGUAGAGGAGUUUUCUUCAUCAGAAAAUAUUUGGAGUAAUUAUUAAGCAUUACAUCACUUGCUUACCAGUGGAUCCUCUGCAGUGAAUGGGUGCCGUCAGAAUAAGUUCAAACAACUGAUAAACACAUCACAGUAAUCCACAACUCCAGUCCACCAAACAACAUCUUAAGUUUACACACAAGUUAACAACUUGUAUUGGCCAGAUGGAAUGGUUUUAAAGGGCAUCACAAUAUGGUAAGGGGUGUAACAUUUCCGUCACACGCUUAAGGCAUUCAGCCAAUCACAACGCACUGGAAAGCUGGCCAAUCAGAGCACACCAUGCUUUUCAGAUCAAUGAUCUUUGUAAAAAUCUGUCUCAUGAAGGCGGGGCAUAGAGGAGAGACAAUAAUGUACAUACAUUCUGUGGAAAAUAUAUAUAUUUUUUUGUUUUGUUUACUUUAAAUUGCAUAAACAUUGCUAUACAACGAAUACACAAAAUAAUCUUCCUUUUAGCAACGUCAUGUGACCCUUUUAAGUAAGAGGCCUUAAUGACAGAUAAAGACACACACACACAGUGUUUUUAUCAGCUGUUUGGGGAAUCAUUUUGACGUGACCCAUUCACUGCAGAGGAUCCAUCGGUCAGCAAGUGAGGUAAUGUAAAAUUUCUCUAAAUCUUUUCUGAUGAAGAAAAACACUCAUCUAUAUUUUGGUUGGCCUGUGGUUAAGAACAUUUCUGCAUAUAUUUUUUUUUUUUUUUAUGAACCGACUUAGAGUUACUCCACCCCAAAUUGCUUUGUUCGUCUUCUGAACAAAUUUUAAGAUAUUUUGGAUGAAUACCAGGAGGCUUGUGACUGUCCCAUUGACUGGCCAGUAAAUUACUCUUUCAAGGUCCAGAAAAGUAUGAAAGACAUCAUCAGAAAAGUCCAUCUGCCAUCAGUGGUUCAACCGUUAUGUUAUGAAGCAACGAGGAUAUUUUUGUAUGCAAAUAAAACAAAAAUAAUGCCUUUAUUCAACAGUUUGUCUCCUCUUUGUGUCUCUCUGCACCACCUAAAUAAAGUCAUUAUUUUAGUUUUCUUCGCGUACAAAAAGUAUUCUCGUCGCUUCAUAACGUUACGGUUGAACCACUGAUGGCAGAUGGACUAUUCUGACAAUGUCUUCCAUACCUUUCUGGAUCUUGAGAGUAAUUUACUGGGCAGUCAAUGGGACUGUCACAAGCCUGGUUUUCAUUCAAAAUAUCUUAAAAUUUGUUCAGAAGACGAACAAAGGUUUUACUGGAUUUGAACGACAUAGGGGUAAGCGAUUAAUGACAAUUUUCAUUUUGGGGUGGAGUAUUUCUUUACUGGAUAAGUUAAUUUGACACAUUUUCAGGCAACAUUCAGAUUGUUUUUAUCAUUAUCCAAUCAAGUUUGUUUUUGUUUUUUUUCUCAAACUAAAAUUGAACAAUAAUGGAGGCAGCUUGGUUUGCCCUGAAUGCAUUAGUACUGUCAAGAGUUCUAACCGUUUUGUUUCAUAUCUCCUGGCCUGUGAUCCAAAGGUUUUGGUAAACCCCCCCUCCCUGUCCUGGACCCAACUGCUCUACCAGCUCUUUUCUGCACAUCAGUCAAAGCCUUUCACAGCUGCCAUCCAUGAUAUUCUGUAUAUAUUUCUAUUCUCAAAUAGAACUAGACCCACACCUAUUUCACCCUGAGGAUGAACUCAUCGUAAUGCUGUGUUUAUACCUCUUGCACUCUUUUUUUUGGAAAGACUCUGAUCUUAAAGCAAAUAUUGCUUUCUCUAAAAAUAGUGCUUUCUGAGUUUGUUCUGAUUAAAACUCAUGGCUUUAAGGGGAAUUUGAUCAGGCCACCUGACACUCCUUGGUGUAUUCUUGAUUUAAAGUUUAAGACUUUAAUUAGAUGUAAAGCAAAAAGCUUCAGUUCUACAGAAAAUGAUAUCAUCUCAAGAAUUAAUUAAGUCACUACAAAAAACCAGAGAACAAUUUUUAUCACUAAAUGUAGCACUUCAGAAGCUAAAACCGAGAUGGCCACUCGUCAGCUUCUUCCUUUACAUUCCGUAUUUCAAUCAUACCAUUUUUACUUUGACUAAAUAUGUUAUAACAAGGCUUUUGCUACCAUUUUUAAAUGAAUUUUCAUUUUUUUAGUGUCCGUGUAUAAGUAAAGCUUUGGGAAUGUACAUAUUCAAUCACUGUGAAAAACAGAAUUCCAUUAUGACAAAAUGUCACGUUUGCUGUUAGUUUCUAUACGCCAUCUCUUAUAAUGAGUUAUGUCCUUUUCUGGCUCUUACUAUUCUGGUUAUUUCAGGACUAUGUGUAAAGAAAAGGCCACUAAUUGAUUUUUAAACCGCCAUUCUUUCUACCUAUGAAUAAACCCUUCUCUGUCUCCUCCAA